AUGAUGAGCGGACCGACAUAUGACAAGAAGUUGCCUGGUAUUUUGACCGAUCUUCCUGGCUCCAUGAGUUGCCAUCCUACGUCUAAGGACUCUCCAACACUCCCUGAGUCCUCGGCCACAGAUAUGGGUUAUUACAGCGGCCAGACAACACACAGCCAUCACGAAUAUUACCAAAGCCAGGCGUACGCGCAGCCCAUGAAUUCAUAUCAUCAAUUUAAUUUAUCUGGAAUGGGAGGAACAGCGGCGUACCACACCAAGACAGAAUACCCAUAUAGCAAUUCCUACAGGCAAUACGGACAUUGUAACAGGGACUUGCAGACGCCUCCUCAAAGCGCAGUGAAAGAAGAACCGGAGACCGAAGUUCGUAUGGUGAAUGGAAAACCAAAGAAAAUUCGCAAGCCGCGCACAAUCUACUCCAGCUAUCAGCUCGCUGCAUUACAGCGGAGGUUCCAGAAGGCACAGUACCUCGCGCUGCCCGAGAGAGCGGAACUCGCAGCGCAGCUUGGCCUGACACAGACACAGGUCAAAAUAUGGUUUCAGAACCGGAGAUCCAAGUUCAAGAAGCUGUAUAAGAAUGGCGAGGUUCCACUUGAGCACAGUCCAAAUGCCAGCGACUCUAUGGCUUGCAACUCUCCACCAUCGCCAGCCAUUUGGGACAAUAGCACUCACUCCAACCAGGUCAACAGAGGGCAGCUCCCUCAACCACCGCUCAGCUCAACACCCCCGUACAUGGAAGAUUACAGCAAUCACUGGUACCAGCAGGGAUCGCAUUUACAGCAUCCAAGUGCAGUGCAUCAUCCGGGCCCGCCACAGAGUGUAGGGGCAGUGUAUUAA